AUGGGUUUUCUUGAAUUUUUCAUUUUUGUGUUAACCUUAUUGAGAGGUUGCAAGAGCAUUGAUGAUUCUCUUGAGCUAAAUGAUGAUGUUUUUGGACUUAUAGCAUUCAAAUCAGACAUUAUUGACUCAUCAUCUCAUCUAUCCUCAUGGAAUCAAGAUGACAACUCCCCCUGUGCCUGGAAGUUCAUAACGUGCAAUCCGGCAACCGGCAGAGUCACCGAGCUGUCUCUCGCCGGCUUGAGUCUCUCCGGGAAGAUUGGUAGAGGCCUCGAGAAGCUGCAGAAUCUGCAGGCACUGUCUCUUGCUCAUAACAAUCUUACAGGCAACCUUAAUCCUCAACUAUCUCUCCUCACCAAUCUUGAAAGGCUUAAUCUUUCCGGUAACACUCUUUCCAGUGGAAUCCCACCGUCUUUAAUCAACUCCGGCAGGAUAAAGUUUCUUGAUUUAUCUGAAAACUCAUUAUCAGGACCUGUUCCUGAGGAGUUUUUCUUAAGCUGUUCGUCGCUUCGACUACUCUCAUUGUCCAGAAACAACCUUCAAGGUCCAAUUCCUAGUUCACUUUCUCAAUGCACCAUUCUAAACCAUCUUAAUCUUUCCCACAACCGUUUUUCUGGUAACCCCGGAUUCGCUACGAGUCUUUGGUUGUUGCCCCGGAUCAGAACAUUGGAUCUUUCGCACAAUGUCUUAUCGGGUCAAAUACCGAAUGGUGCAUUGGGUUUGCCUUACUUGAAAGAGCUUUUUCUGCAAGGGAAUCACUUCUCAGGAGCUUUGCCUUCUGAUAUAGGUCUAUGCUCACACCUAAAGAAGUUGGAUUUAAGCAAUAAUCUCUUUACAGAAGAGCUUCCUGUUUCUUUCCAGGGCCUUUCUUCUCUAACUUAUCUAAAUCUAGCCAAUAAUAUAUUAACCGGUGAGUUUCCUCUAUGGAUCGGAAAACUGAACGGCCUGGAAUACUUGGAUAUUUCGGGCAAUGGUUUGACAGGAAUACUCCCAACAUCUAUUGGUGGUUUAGGCUCAUUGACUUAUGUGAGCCUUUCUGGUAAUAGUUUAAGUGGGAGCAUUCCUACAUCAUUGAUCUACUCCAGCAAUCUGUCAGUGGUUCGAUUAAGAGGUUCAAGCAGACUUUUUGAGACUAUUCAGUCUAUGGAUCUAUCUGCAAAUAGGCUUACGGGAGACAUUCCUGCUGAAAUGGGACUUUUCUCCAAGUUGAGAUACUUGAACUUGUCAUGGAAUAAUUUUGAGACAAGAAUGCCCCUGCAGCUUGGAUAUUUUCAGAAUCUAACCAUGUUAGAUCUACGAAAUGGAGCUUUUCAUGGUUCAAUCCCUGGUGAUAUAUGCAACAGUGGAAGCCUUGAAAUCAUGCAACUUGAUGGUAAUUCUUUAACAGGAUCAAUACCUGACGAUAUCGGAAAUUGUUCAUCACUCUACUUGCUGAGCAUGUCUCACAAUGACUUGCGGGGACCUAUUCCAAGAUCAAUGUCGCUGUUGAAAAAACUCAAGAUUCUCAAGUUAGACUCCAACCAGCUGAGCGGUGAGAUACCACAGGAGUUGGGUGAAUUAGAAAACCUCCUGGCAGUAAACAUAUCCUACAACAGGCUACAGGGAAGGCUUCCUGCUGGGGGAAUAUUUCCAAGCUUACAGCAAAGUUCUUUGGAAGGAAAUCUGGGUAUUUGCUCACCCUUUCUCAAAGGACCAUGUAAGAUGAAUGUGCCAAAGCCUUUGGUUCUUGAUCCAUACGCCUACGGGAAUCAAAUGGGAAAUCAUCAAGGAGGAGGGGCUGAAUCUUCAAAAGAUUCCAAGCACCACAGAUUUCUCAGUAUUUCGGCCAUCAUUGCCAUAUUAGCAUCUGUCUUGAUCUCCAUUGGUGUGCUGGUGAUAAGCUUACUCAAUAUUUCAGCAAGGAGGCGGCUGAAAUUUGUCAACACUGCCAUUGAAAGUUGCUCAAGCUCCUCCCGUUCAGGACGCAGCCUAUCGAUGGGUAAGCUUGUUUGGUUCGAUUCCAAGAUUGCCCCUGAUUGGGUUGUUAAUCCUGAAUCUUUGCUAAACAAAGCAGCUGAGAUUGGGGGAGGUGUAUUCGGAACUGUCUAUAAGGCUUCAUUAGGAGAAGAUGGCAGAGAUCUUGCAAUCAAGAAUCUUGUUGUAUCAAACAUGGUACAAUAUCCUCAAGAUUUCGACAGAGAGGUUCGUGUUUUAGGGAAAGCAAGGCACCCUAAUCUUGUAUCCGUAAAAGGGUACUACUGGACUCCUCAGUUGCAGCUUUUAGUGACAGAUUAUGCACCCAAUGGUAGCUUACAAGCCAAACUCCAUGAAAGGUCACCUUCAACUCGACCUCUUUCUUGGCCAAAGCGGUUUAAGAUCUUGCUGGGAACCGCAAAGGGGCUUGCCCACUUGCACCAUUCAUUUCGUCCACCUAUUGUGCACUAUAAUAUCAAGCCCAGCAACAUUCUUCUUGAUGAUGAUUUGAAUCCAAAAAUAUCAGAUUUUGGAUUGACAAGACUUGUAGCAAAGCUUGACAAGCAAGCCGUGGGUAACAGGUUUCAGAGUGCAUUAGGUUACGUGGCUCCAGAGUUGGCUUGCCAGAGCCUAAGGGUCAAUGAGAAAUGUGACAUCUAUGGUUUUGGGGUUUUGAUUCUUGAGCUCUUGACUGGCAGACGGCCAAUCGAGUAUGGGGAUGACAAUGUCGUAAUACUUAAUGAACAAGUCAAGAUCAUGCUAGAAGAAGGGAACGUGCUGGAGUGUGUUGAUCAAAGCAUGGGGGAGUAUCCUGAGGAUGAAGUUUUGCCUGUUCUUAAGUUGGCAUUAGUAUGCACUUCUCAGAUACCUUCAAGCAGGCCUUCCAUGGCAGAAGUGAUUCAGAUAUUACACGUCAUCAAAACCCCCAUUCCUCACAGGAUGGAGGCGUACUGACUGCUAAGAGUGCUACAAACUUUUAACUUCGAUUAUGUAUAAUUGUGGUGCUUGUUUAUUAUCAACAAUUAAUGUUUCCUGCACUUGCACGAAUGGAUUUUGCAAUUACUUAGCUUC